AUGCCGCCGCCUCCACCACCUACCCAGGCAACGUUUGAGCUGGACGCCUCCGCUUUGCAGCAAGCACUGCAUCGUCAUGCACCGCCACCUGUGCCAAAUCCUCCGCCCAACACUUUCGUACCGUCGCCUACACCCAAGCUCACACCUGGCUUUGUUCGGACCUCUCAGUUAGACAGCUUAUUCAACGGCAUGAAUCCUCUACCAACAAAUGCACCACGUCCACCCAUAGCUAUGAUCACUGCACCUCGCGCCCUUACCAAUCUCCCACCGGCUGCUGUACGACCUGCACCGUUUAUUACCUCCGGGAUGCAUGAUGGAGUACCAUUUACCCAAACUACGGCAACUUCACCCGUCACGUCUGUUGGUGCGGCGACCGGCGAUGGCAGUUCGAACGUCCCAGAGGCGCCCAGCAGCUCACAAAGGCACGGAGGACCAGAGUCCGACGCGCCGACACACAACAGCUUCAGCCAAACCACCGCUGAGGAUGUGGCCGUCCUCGAUGCUUCGAGAUGGCAGAAUAUGUGA